UUAUAUUUUUUUUUUUAGUUAAAUAUUUCUUGUGAUUAAUUGUAACAUAUACACAUAUAUUUUAAGUGUCUCUAUUAUAUUUGAUCGAGAUAUUUUCACCGAAACAGUAUAUUAAAUAUUUAUUUAUUGACGUGGUAUUAUCGGACACGUCAAGGGAAAUGUUGGCUACUAUGACGACCUAAAAUCUCAACAUUUACUACGCUCAUGCAUGCAGUACCAGCACUGUAUAGUGGAUUGUGCUGCGGUGAAUAGCAGACAUUAGAUAAUUGUGGAGGUUACUCCGAUUCUGACAGGUUUCUAACAUGUUAAUUCAAGUAUUAAGUUGACAACAGUUUGACAAUUAAUCUGUAGCCAAGUUUAUAUCGUAAUCUACUUCGCGUACAGAUGUACAGAUCACGAUUUUUAUUGUCAUUAUAGUUUAUUUUUUUCUCCCGUAUUGCGUUUAAUUUUUUUUGUCAAUUUGUAUUCUCGUAAUACGCAUAGCAGAAGAUAUCAAUAUGAAGUUACACGCAGAUGUGUAUGACAAAUUAUAUUUAUACAUAACACCUGAAAAGUUUUAUGUAGAACCUAUUGGAACUAAAGUGUUGCUUGUAGUUGAUAGAGUGAGUCAGCAAAUUUAUACACAAGCUGGUACGGCUAGUCAAAUUCCAUCAACUGCAAGUCGUAGAAAAAUAUGGGGUAUAGUAGGAACUAUAAAGCUAUUAGCAUGCCGGUAUCUUAUAGUGAUAACAGAUGCUACAGAAGUUGGGACAAUAGCUGGUCAUCAGAUUUUUAAAUUAGUUUCAACAGACAUUAUACCCUAUACAAAAUCUUCACUACAUCUUAGUGAAAAACAAGCGCAAAACAAUUCAACAUAUGUAGAGAUGAUCAAAUCUGUAUUAAAUACACCUUAUUUUUAUUUUAGUUAUACGUAUGAUAUCAGUCAUACAAUGCAAAGACUUCAUAAUACUCCUCCUGAAUUUUUACAGAUGCCACUUUAUGACAGAGCAGAUCUUAGAUUUGUAUGGAAUGCUUAUCUCCUACAAGACCUAACAUCAAGGCCUGAACAAUAUAAAUUUUGUCUGCCUAUUAUCCAUGGAUUUGUGUCAUUAAAUACUAUUACUGUAACUGGUAGCACAUCAUUUAAUUUAGGUGUAGUAUCUAGACGCAGUGUGCAUCGUGCAGGAACAAGGUUAUUUUCACGUGGCAUAGAUACUACUGGUAAUGUUUCUAAUUAUGUAGAAACAGAACAAUUAGUCGAAUUCAAUGGACAUCGCAUGUCUUUUGUACAAACGCGAGGUUCUAUCCCCUUAUUCUGGUACCAGGCACCAAAUUUGAAGUAUAAACCUAAACCUCAGUUAAGUACUCACGAGGAUCAUCAGACUGCCUGUGCACGACAUUUUGAAACCCAAAUAUUUCAUUAUGGAAAGCAAAUACUAAUCAAUUUAAUCGAUCAACAUGGUUCAGAAGCUGUACUUGAAAAAGCAUACCACAAUGUUGUACAACGAAUCAACAAUCAAAAUGUUCGGUACGAAAGUUUUGAUUUUCAUGCUGAAUGCAGGAGAUUAAGGUGGGAUCGGCUAAAUGUGUUACUCGAUCGAUUAGCUCCUGAAUUAGAACAGAUGGGUUACUUUUUAUUAUUGGAAGAUGGAACAUUGCUGUCGGCGCAAGACGGUGUUUUCCGUACCAACUGUAUCGAUUGUCUUGACAGAACUAAUGUCGUUCAAAGUAUGAUUGCAAAAAGAGUCCUUAAUGAUGUGUUACCAAGGUUGCAAAUCCUUAGAAAAAUCGAAGAUCAUCCUAGCAUCGAAGAACAUUUCAAACGGAUUUGGACUGACAAUGCAGACGUUGUAAGUGUCCAGUAUUCAGGUACUGGUGCAUUAAAAACAGAUUUUACACGAACUGGAAAGCGCACUAAAUUGGGUGCAAUGAGGGAUGGCUUGAAUUCUUUAACAAGAUAUUAUAAAAAUAAUUUCACAGAUGGUUACAGACAAGAUUCGUUGGACUUAUUUUUGGGUCGUUAUAUUGUGCAAGAUGGCGAAUGUACGUUAAUUCAAUGUCCUUUGGAAUCGGAACGAAAUUGGCGUUAUGCUACAUUCCCCUUGGUACUUCUUGUUGCAUCGUCCAUGCUAGUUGCUCACAUAAUCCUGCCUUCGAGAUAUACUACUGAAAUUUUGUUGUAUAUGCUGUUUUGGGGUGCUAUGGUGGCUGGUACAUUUGCAACUAUUAUCCACCAUGGCAAGCAAUAUGUGGAUAAACCUAAAUUACUUUAGAAAAGCUUUUAAGUUCAGAUAGCAUAUAUUGUAUAAUAUUUUCAAGCUCAGAAAACACAAAUUUCUUAUUAUUUUUCUCUAAUUAAUUUACUUUUUUAAUAUGUUUUCUUAUCAUUAAAUGUUUAAAGGUUUGUUUCAAAAAGGUCUCAAAACAAUCUAAUAUUUAGAUUUGUAAAAUGUAUAUGUAUUGUAGCAUUUUUAUGUUUUAGAAUUUGUAGUUUUAAUAUCGUUAAUGGGAUAAAUGUAGUGAAAUCGGGCACAUGUGUUUUUAUCGAUGUGUAUAUGGAUUGAGGAUGUAGUUAAUAUUUCCAAUUGAGAUAUUGUUAAUAUCCUUGCAUUUUCAAAUAGUAUAAAGUAUAACUUGUAAGGAAUUCUGCGGUUCCUUCUUCAGUUAGCUCUAUACAUUUUAAGAGAAGUUGUAAGAAAUAUUGUAAAGAGUUUCCAAUUUUGAGCAACAUUUGCUCAUAUAUAAAGUCAAUCCGCACAUAGUAUUUAAUAUUUACCGUCCAUAGAAUACCUGCGAUUUAUAAUAUUUGAAAUUCUGUUUAUUUUCAAUUCUAAUAUUGCAGGUGUUUGGCGGUAUGUAAUAUAUAUUUGCAAUGUAAACAAAAACGAAACAAGUUAGUAAUAAAUUAAUAUCGGUUCCUUUCGAAUGAUUAAAAAACAUGUUUUAACAAAUUAUACAAUCUUAAUGAUUGUAAUUUAUAAAUGCCAAAAUUCCUAGUCAAAAAGCGGAUUGCAUUCUAAGACAUGCAAAAUGUUAUGUAUUUUAACAAUUUUGUAGACGUACAACAUUGAACCAAAGUAUGUACUGUUUAUAAAGUUGUAAUGUAUAAAUCUGUAACAAUUAUAAUUCCAUAUAGUCAGUCUAAUUAUGACGAAAGAUGGGGGAUAUUCUGGUAAAAGAAUAUUUUUUAAUAUUUAAGAAGCAACUACUUUCAUACUAAGGUACCUACUCAGUUGAUAGCUCUGCCCGUUACACCUUAAUAAAGUUGUUUUUUCUUUUGAAAAA